AUGUUUCCUAGCCCUGUGACAACCACCCCGUUCUCGGUGAAGGAUAUUCUGAACCUGGAGCAGCAGCAGCAGAGCGGCCUGGGCUCCAUGGAGCUGGCGUCGCUGGCCUCGCCGAGCUGCAUGCUGGCCACCUUCAAGCAGGAGGCGUUCGGUGCCGAGCCCCCCGCCCUGCCCGACCUGCGGGAGGAGCUGCCCGAGCCUCCCCCCAGCAAAAGCACGGCCGCCUUCCCCGGCUCCUACUACGUGAAAAGCUACGUGGAGAUGGACUCGGCCAAGGAGGCCAAGGCGGAUAAGAAAGAGCUGUGCUCCCUACACAAGAGCCUGGAGCAGGAGAAAAGAGACCUGGAAGAUCCCGAGCGCCCCAGACAGCGGAAAAGGAGGAAACCUCGCGUCCUCUUUUCUCAAGCCCAAGUGUACGAACUGGAGAGAAGGUUCAAGCAGCAGAAAUACCUCUCGGCCCCCGAGAGGGACCAUCUAGCGAACGUCCUAAAGCUCACCUCCACGCAGGUGAAAAUUUGGUUCCAGAAUCGAAGGUACAAAUGCAAAAGGCAGAGGCAGGACCAGACGCUGGAAAUGGUGGGGAUCCCUCCCCCGCGGCGGAUCGCGGUGCCGGUGCUGGUGCGCGAUGGGAAGCCCUGCCUGGGGGAAUCUUCCCCUUACAGCUCGCCCUACAAUGUCAGCAUUAACCCCUACAGCUACAACGCCUACCCCGCGUACACCAACUACAACAACGCCUGCAACGCCAACUACAACUGCAACUACCCCUCCAUGCAGCCCAUGCAGCCCUCGGCGCCCGCCAACAACUUCAUGAACUUCAGCGUGGGGGACUUGAAUUCGGUGCAAACGCCCAUCCCGCAGGGCAACGCGGGCAUCUCCACCUUGCACGGCAUCCGAGCCUGGUAG